AUGUCUGUAGACGAUACGUUGAAAUGGUUUCCAAUAAUUGUUUUACUGUUUAUUGCACAUUCUCGACUUGUGAAUAAUGUUGCACAAGCGAAAACGAAAGAACUUACUAACGUUAAUGAUUACGAUGCUAAAAACGACUAUGACGAAUACUUUGAAUUAGUCAGCCUCCCCGAAAGAAGAAAGCGGUCUCCUUCUGGAAACUUAAGCCUAGAUGACGAAGGAUUUAAACGAGUUUCUGAAAAUAUCAGAAAGCAACACAGCCGACGUCGGAAAAAACACAGAAAAAGCAGAAAAAGAAAAAUCACAGAUGACAUAGAGAGAGAAAAGAAAUUAUCACAAGCCUUAGAGACAGGGAAAGAAUUUGGAUUUCGAGGAGAUGCUGUUGGAAAUCCAUGUGUAACCAGUCCUUGUGCUCAUGGAGGAAUUUGUACAUGGAAGAGAAACGAACAACCCAGUUUCCGAUGUGACUGUAAAAUUGGCUUUCAAGGGAAGCGUUGUGAGCGAGAAAUCGAGGAAUGCGAGUCUCUACCGUGUAAGGAGCACGGGGAAUGUGUGGCAACGCCCAAGGGAUUCCUCUGUCUGUGUAAGGACGGUUUUGGGGGGAAGUUUUGCGAGAUAAUUCAGAAGACUCACACUAUUGUCACAGAGUUCCGCAGUCCUGGCAGUUCUGAUGGUAUUGUCCUUUCCACAGACACCCUCAACAAGGUUUACGUCACUGUAGGAGUGGUGGGCUCACUGCUCGGCGUGAUCGCCAUUAGUCUGUGUGUCCACUGCUGCCGAGUGUGGAAUAAGAGGUUGGAAAGUGUUCAAGAAUGUAGAAAUAUAAUUGAAAAUGGUGGAUCAAUUUCCGAACUUCCACCGGACAUUUGUGAUAUCAGCGAAUCUCUCUGUCGGGAAUUCUGGUGUUGCAAUUGUUAUGACUUCCAAGGACAGAAAAACCAGUAUGAGGAGCUUCUGACAGAAUUCAGAAACAGUACUCAAAAUGUAACAGCGGAUUCCCCUUACCAAAACAUGAGGCUAGCUCAGUCUGAGGGGGCACUUCCACAUGUUCGCCAAGGGUCCUAUAUGUCUUUUAGGUCACUUCCUGCUCAGAUGAAAAGUUUCACCAAGAGACCGUCCUGGUUACCAGAUGCAGAGAUCGCUAACGCCACAGACUCCGAAGAAUUUGUUCAAUCACCUUUAUCAUCACGAACACGUCAAACAAUACCAUCAUCACAUGAAAAAUAUCUUGAAAAUUCCCAGGGCUUGCCCAUGCAAAAGUCACAUGAGGGAACAGAUUCAGAAGCUUCGCUAGAAUUCACAGAGAGUAUUAAUGAUCACCUCCAAAGACAUAUGACUUCAAGCAGGGAGGCGUCUCCUCGCCGCAACUCUAGCUUCUCGCAGACCUUCCACCACCCCUUUAACGAACAUAAUCCGUCCAGCCAACCGGCCAGCAGCUCCUCGACACAGCAUCCCCCUCAAUCAGUUUUCACCAGAAGGGCUUCAGUUGGAAACAUACUGGCACACUUGUCACAAACUCACCCACCCCUUCCCAGUCUACCUUCUGAACAGUCGAGAUCGUCAAGUACAUUCUCAUAAACUGAACAACCAUAUCUUUUCCGUUGAAACUCCAGGAACUGAUGGACACACUUUCUAUACUUAAUGAAAU